UUGUAGAUUAUAAUUGACAUUAAGGCGUGCGAAAGUGGUUAUAAGGGAUUACAUUGCGGAUUAGCCUCAGCGUAGAAAAUUCAAACCAGUUUGUUGCGGAGGUUGGAUUAGAAGUCGCUGGUUAUCUCAUUUGUUGAAUUAAUACUGUUUCAUAAAGUUCAUACUGACCACAUUUGUAUAUUGCACAUCAAGGCAAUAUUCAAGUUUGUUUAUCAACAUGAGGAGCGAUAAGCAGCGCACUUAAUGAUAUGGUAAUUAAGAGCAAUAUGGUAUGGUUGAUUCGAAAGUUCACCGAAGCAUAUGUAACCAACACGAGUGCUAUUACGAUACAUCAUUUAUACUUAAUUUUGCAAUGAGCGCAUAAUAAAGUAUUUCUGUUAAAAUAUAUAGUUAAAAUAUAAAUUGGUCACGAAUUGUAGAUCGGGCAGCUUAUCGAAUAAGAAUUUUAAUCGAGGUCAGAGUUGAAAGCGAACUCGUGGGCAAUGAAUGACUGACUUAAAUAUGAGUUGGUUUGUAACUUAUUGUAUGAUUAUAUUAUUUGUUAGAAGAUCUGAACUAGCUGAAUUAGAUAAAUUGAUUGUAUAUUUUAUUAGUAGUGCGUGAUACAUUGUACAAGACAUAAAGGAAUGCUAUAUAGACAAGCUUAGUGCUUGCUAAAUUUUACUCAAACCUGAAGCACGCUCGAUCCUAACUUUGGGACUGACUAACAUUGGGCAAUAGAGUCGCAAGUCGAAACUGCAUGAACCCCAAAAUUGCCAGAAAGAUAAAACAGACAAUCGAUCAAACGGCGGACAUUAAUUGUGGUCGAUUCGCGUUAAAAAUUACAUAAUCACGUUUGUUUAAUAUGAAGAAAAGAAACAGAAUGAUUCCGCAAAAAUGUGUGUAGGACAAAUAUGAUAGAGCUUCUUUGCAUAAAUAUUUUCAUUCAUUCCCUGUCAUCCUGAAAUACAGUUCAGAAUGUAAACGGAAUGUAUUUUGCAUCCAUAAAUUACAUUUAAAAGAGAAACAGAUUUAUUGGGAAGCUCACGUAAUGAAAUACAACUCGAAAGGCAGCAAGCCAACGUAGAAAUGGAGAUAUUUAUAAUUCUGCGUGUAUUCGUUGUUAUACAUACCUUCGUAGCUGGAACCAAAAGCCUCGUAUGUCGGAGCUGCCAAGGCGAUCCGGAAGCAUGUGCUCAGUCACGGAAAACCCAAACAUGCCAGUACUUUCCUGGUGACCCUAACAGUACAGAGAUAUGUGCAAGCUACUAUACAUGGGACAAUGGAAAAGCUACUGUUCAAAAGAUGUGCAAAGCGCGAGCUUCCUGCCUGAGUGAUGCCGCUCAGAAAGAUAAUGUGUGCGGUAUACAUGAUGGUAAAGACAAGCCAUGUCGAUGUUGCUGCGAGAAAAACCAUUGUAAUAGACUACCCAAAGGCUGUAUAGUUGAUUCAGUCUGUCCAAGAACCAAGAAUUUAGACAACGGAUUCGUAGAAUGUGGUGAAUCAAGAAAACGAGGCAGCAGAUGCAACUUUAAUUGCAAUCUUGGAUUCGAAUUAAUUGGUCCCAAAAUAUCAAGAUGUAUGCUCGAUAGGAGAACAGGUAAAUUAAAAUGGAAUAACAGAGGGCAAUACUGCGUUCCAACUGUACGAUGCCUACCGGCGCCAAAAGCCCCUGAAAACGGGUCCAUGAGCUGUGUAAAUGUCCACCGCCACAGAGAUAAGAGUGAUCUCAACUACUUAUGGGCAAAAUGCUCUUUUGCUUGUAAUGUUGGUUUCCAGAUAGUCGGUAAAGCGAUUUCUCGAUGUCGAGAAACUGGGAAAUGGAAUGCAGAUUUUCCUCAGUGUAUUGCUCGUCAAUGCCCGUCAUUUCCAAUUGCGGAAAAUCGUCAAACUAUUUGCACAAAUGGGCAUCUAGUAAACAGUAUUUGUGCCUUCAAAUGUAGCAAAGGAUAUAAAUUGAUUGGAACAACAAGCGUUGUUUGCAAAAGUGGUUCAAAAGACGCAAACACGCAAGAGUGGACGAGAGAUCCUCCGAAAUGCAUGCGCGUCAAGUGUGAGCCGAUCCAGCAAAAUCCUGUCAACGGUAAAGUUAAAUGCACAAACAAAAAUUUCGAAAACAGUGUCUGUCGUUAUACUUGUGACGCAGGGUAUGACUUGGAUGCAACAACAGAUGAUGUAAUAAAAACGACGUGUGAAGACGACGGUGGGAAGGAUAGUCUAGGAAAGUGGUCACAUGCACCAGCGAGAUGUACCCGCAUAACAUGUAUGCCUGAAAUGACGAAGCCUGUCAAUGGGAAACUUUCCUGCACAAACAGGAAUUACUUGAAUUCAGAGUGUGAUAUAUACUGUAACAUAGGACAUGAUCUUGAUGAUACGGGUCUGAAAAAAGUUAGUUCAACAUGCGAAGCAGAUACGGAUGGGGAUAGUUUCGGCAUUUGGAGUCUGACACCGCCACUCGACUGUAGUCCUAUCUCAUGCAAGCCUAGACAUAUCGACCCAGCAAACGGAAAGGUUGUUUGCACACAGGAAAAUAGGUACGGUAGCACGUGUACUUUUCGAUGUGAUGAAUUCUACGACAUGGAUGGCACCACUAACUUGACUCUUUCAUCCACGUGUGUGGAAGGCGAUAACGGCGAAGCAAUCGGAAAAUGGACACUAGCGACGCCAACGUGCUCAUUGAUAACUUGCGAAGCACUAUCCCCCAUUACAAAUGGACAAUAUGCGUGCACGUCGGGUAACAUGAAGGGUAGCGUUUGUAUUUUCAAAUGUGAUAUUGGUUAUGAACUUAAUGGUGCAAGUACAAUAUCUUGCGAGGAUCGCAUAGCAAUAGGGGAUAAUGGGGCGGAAUGGACGGCGCCGCAACCAUCAUGUGCAAGGAGUUACUGUAAUGCCCAAAAAUACGACAAUUCGAUGCUUCGACGCGAAUGUGACAAAAAUGGAGUAGGCCGUUUUGAAGUAGGCACCAAGUGCACUUAUACCUGUAUAAAAGAUGGACAUUAUUUAGUCAGAACUGCUUCUUCAGAUGACUAUGUAAAAUUCGGAAAUUUAGUAGUAGAAUGCUUGGGAAAUAAAGAUUGGUCCUCAGCACCACCGAAGUGUCUACCCCUUAAAUGUCCUACUCUGCCGACACCUAGAAAUGGAUAUCCUCCGGAAUGCUCUAACGGAAACUUUUUUUUGUCAAAAUGUGAUUUUCAGUGCCACGCAAAAUAUGUACCAACACACAAUUAUUCUUCAAUAUGUACAGGGGACAAAAAUAAGCAGAAUAAAUUUGGGAUUUGGAGCCAUAGGCCUCCGACCUGUGCAAAACGAGAAUGCAAUGAGUUUCCUAUGGUUAGACACGGGAGUAUGUCGUAUACAAAUCACCAUGAAAUUGGUUCUAUUGCACGUGUGAAUUGUCAUAAUGGCUAUACUGAGAAAUUUUUGAACGAGUCAACGUGCCGAGCACCGAGCAGAAGUGAUAUGGAUCCAUUCUGGAGUAGAGCUAAAAGCAUGUGUUGCGUCCGAUGUUUUUUCAACAAGAAAAUUAAAGUUGUCAUUGCGAUAGAUAAAACUGUAGCCGAUUCUGCGGACGUCUGGGAGGACAUUCUGACUUGGUAUACUAACAUCAUGGAAUAUUUGUUUACUAAUGAUUUUGAAAUCAACUUCGGACUAAUUUUGUACGAUACUGAAGUGGAUAUGGGCAAUAGCAAACGGUUGAGAAUGAUAGACACCGCAGAAGAUAUAUAUGAAAUUCAAGAUGAGUUGUUCGAUGCACCUUACGGAGGUACAGGUUCUGACACGGGACUGGCUCUGGAGUACAUGUGGUCAACAAUGUUUCAAAUACGUAAGCAAGAAGAACCUUUUCUAAUAUUAAUCAAAAACUUGGAAUCUUCUACCUUUUUUAUUGAACAAGCACAGCGAUCGAGAAAUGAAGGAUUGAAUAUUUUGGCUCUUGGAUUCGCAAAUGGAAAUCUUAGCGAGCGGAAAAAACACUUGGUAUCUAUUGCUGGGAACGAACGGAGCGCAUUUCUCAUAGAAGAAAUAAAUGAUCUUGCUAAAGUUGGAGAAAGAAUCGAGCAUAUAUCAAAACAAAAAGGUUGUGAACUCGCUAGAAAAAAUCGACGUUGUUUGAGAUGAAAUUUAAUUCGACAAAUCCGGGGCGAGGUCUGCUUGGAAUUGCAGUGAAAUAACAUGGGCGUUCCAAUCAAAGGUCUGCUGAUCUGUAGCGAAUGCAAAGGUUCUAAAAUUAAGCAACUUUUUCUAUUGGAAAUUGAUGGAGCAUAGGAUCUAGUAUACUGUUCAAACUUUCACUCUCCUGGACAAACUUCGAAAGCUCAUAUGCAAUAAUAAAGAUUAAAAUUUGAAAACCAGGUCAGCUUGAAAUUGUAUGUAGUCUGACUGCUUCAAAGUUCACACGUUGUAUUUAACCAAGAAUACCCGAAAGUAAACUUUGAAGUAAAAUUAGACCAAUAGAUAUUCCUGACUUUAUGUCCCUUUUAUAUCCAUAUACGGACGAUUGAAUGAUGCGAACGUGAAAAAAUGUGGAUUUUUUUCUAGCCAUGCCCGACGAAAAACCUAGCAGUACUUUGGACUUGAGGGCUAACCUUAGCUUCGUGACAUGAUGAAGCCUUUAUCAUCGUACAAUAAUAACUCAAAUUUUCUUCACUUUGAAUUAAUUUCUCAUGACUUAUGUUCAAAAAUUUUACAAAGUGUUACAGUUUUCUCGCAACUAAAAAAUAAUAAGGGAACUUGGAUAUUGUGUAUUGAACUGCAGGUCCUUUCUUCUUGUUUACUUUGUACUUCGGGUCCGUAUGUGGUACUCACCACAAGGAUGCUUGAACGAGAUAGUAUUAAAGUGAUAAGUAAAAAUAACAUGAUCUCUUUCAACGAAAUAGUAAGUAUAUUUGUGAGCUUUUGUUAGAUCAUAAAUAAGUAAUUUAAUAAUAAACAAAUAAUAAAAAAACAGACCUCAGCGUGUACGAAACCAAGAAUACAUCAUUUGAAACGCAAUAAUUUUGUAGUUUUUUUUACGUCGUGUGUGUACAUUAAAGUUACAUUUUUUCUGUGAUAUUUACUUUGUAAUUAGAGUUCUAAACAUAUAAAGAAGUCCUACUUUUAUAUUUAAUGUUUUC